UCAAUAAUGGGAAUGUAUUACACAACUCGGCAGUUUGUUUUGUACAUUUUAAAAAGGUUUUAGUAAAUUUGCAAACAAUUUUUGUUUCAAAUGUUUAUCUUUUCGGUUGGUGUGAUUAAAAAACUAAUUAGACAAAAAAUUACUAAAAAAAGAAAUUCUUAACACUUAGACACUAAACCCUAAAUUACCAAAAUAAGAGCUUAGAUUGUCCUGUUAUUUUCGUAAAAAAUACUUUGAAAGCCAAAAAUAAGCUCCCCCCACAGCUUGGUUUUUCAUUUUGCACUGCACUUACCAACAUAUCUUUCAAUUAUCUUUGUCAUUUAUAGAUUUGAUUGAGUGACGCAUUAAAAUUUUACCAGGACGUGCAAUAAACGUAGAAAGCAAAUUGCCGAGUAACCAGUACCAAAAUAUCUCCAGUCCUCGCCAUUUUCUUCACUCUUCCCAGUUUCUCUUGUUUUUUUUCAACUUUUCCACAUUCCUGUCUACUUUGCCGGCAAACGAUUGUAUGUAUCACAUUCAACAGUAUCACUCCGCUCACGGAAAAUAAAUGAUUAUGCUAAUCGAAAACAUGAGUAAGUGUCGAGUAUUCAUUCGAUUUCUCAUGCUGAGAAUAAACAGAAAAUAUGAAAACUAAGUUUAUUUCAACAUUAUUAAUUUUACUUUGUGGACUGCAAAUUUAUGUGGCCACUGAUUACGACCAGUACGAUUAUGACUGGUUAACUGCAAAGCCAAUAGCAGAAGCUACAACACCUGUUUCAACAAGAGCUCCAGAUGAUGAUGAUGUAAUUGUCGACCAACUAGACGAUCGAAAAGCAGUCAAAAGUGAAAUUUCUGGAGGGUUCUCGAACAAGAAAAGUUUUUCGUGUCCACAUGCAAAGCCAAUGUUGCAUACGGGUGAGUCAGUUGCUCAAUUAUCUCCGGAAGAUAUUCAAAUUGUAGGCGCAAUGGGAGACUCGUUAGCGUCGGGACGUGGACUUUGGCCGUUCACUGAUGUUGAGUUUCGCGGUGCUGCUUUUCCAAUUGGUGGUGAUGCAAAUAUGGAUGGGCUAGUAACUAUUCCCAACAUUCUGAGUCAAUUUGGUUCAAAUUUGGAAGGAAUUUCUCAUGGAAUGGGAUCGAAACGUGCUUUACCGGAUUAUCAGUUUAAUGUUGCUGAAAUUGGCGCAGAAACGGAAGACUUACCGCAGCAGGCUUUAGAGCUGGUGCACAGAAUUCAACGAUAUAUUGGCAGGUCUUUAAAAAACAAAUGGGCACUGAUUACCAUUGUUACAGGAUCCGAAGAGUUCUGCGAGAAAUGCGAGCCACCAAGUCGAACAUCAAUCCGCCGUGCGUUGGGAGUCUUACGCAGGGGUCUUCCACGCGCACUCAUUGUGUUAUUAGGCCCGGUGCACGUGGCAUCGACCUACCGGCAGAAUAUUAAUCUGAUGCGACCUCGUUGCAAAUGUCUCGAGAAGAUGACUGGCAGCAAUUACCGCAAAUUGUUCGAUGUCUGGAAAAGAUAUUUUGUUGAGUUCGAAACAGAAUUUAAUGUAGACAACGGUACAUUUGGAGUUUUGUCCAUUCCAUCUCUAGCGAUCCAUUCCCGCAACCCGCAAACCCUCUUGGUACCCGGGAAACCGCUGCUCAAUAGAAAAGGACACUCCUACGCGGCGAAAUGGCUGUGGAAUCGCCUCAUCGCUGGUCCAAACUACAACAUCUCGUUAAUUGCUCUUUCUGAAGACACAUACUAUUGUCCAUCCAUCGGCUGUCCGUAUAUUCGAACAGUUCAGAAUUUCAAGAAGUGUACGAUAAUGAAAGAGAGUGAGUGGCAGAGUAAAAUUGCACAUUUGAAAGAACAAAAAACUGGGAAACAAACAAGACAAGAAGUGAUUAGGACCAAUCUGGCUGGUGUUAUAUUGGUGAUUCUGGGAUUAUCACUGUUAAGUGUUUCCAUUUUUGGAACAUAUUUCUAUUGUCAUGGAAUGAAAGCUACGAAAGGCAGAUUUGACUACGGACAAACACCGGAAGAAGGAGACGCUGAAAAACUUGAAGAAAAAUGAGAAAAUAAUUGAACCGUUUAUUUCCAAAAGUUAAGCUCAAUUUAUGAUUUUAUAAAACAUUAGAAAAUAUUUAA